AUGUCACAAGAAAAAGGGGAGCACAAUGAAGGCACUCCUUUUGUGAAUACUAUAUCGAAGCAGGGUGAUUUGGCUUCCCUCAAAUUGGAUGAGAAGUUCGAAUUACCUCGAGCCCCUGGGAGUCUUAAUGUCAAUGCUCUUCAAAUAAAUGAUGAAACAGAUAUUGGGGAUCUCGCCAAUUACAAAUCAAUGGAUCCAGGAAAGCCCAAACAGCCGCAGCUGACGAAUGUGAAUGAUAUUUUGACGUCGACCUCCUUAGAUGAUCCGAUACAGUUCACCAGAGUAUCAUCUUCAUCUGCUUUGAGCAGGAGCUCAUUUGAUAGUAAUGAUGCUAUCUCUAAUGAAGAUAAUAUUAAAGUGGACAAGCCAGGUGGCGACUCAAUGGCGGAGGCAUCUUCUAAGGCUGUUCGCGCCGCUUCUGAUAUACAUGAGCAGUCCACUAUCGGAGACAAGACUAAUUCGACAAUAAGGGCCUCCGAUCAAUAUUACGGUGGCCAUUCUGCACUAGGAAGUGGCUCGGUUCUCUUUUCGUCCGUGGAUAAUGAAAUACCCGUUUCGGAUGGUUUUUCUACGCGAAACAGCUCCAAUGUUAAUUUAGACAGUACAAGUAAUCUGAAAACUAGUACGCCUAAAAAUGAUCCGUUAAACGAUAACUCAAAAAAGGAACUCUAUGAAUCGCCGCUGAUAGGCAUAUCGCCGUCCAGUGAAAGCUUCAGCAUUGUCUCUACUACUCGUGAAACACCUCGAGAUUUGAAAAAAGUAGAAAAUUCUGAAACAAUAGAGGAGGAGCCUGUAGGCCAUGAGGAAAUUUCGGACCCUUGUCUUAAAACUCAAGUGCAUACACCAACUUUACCUCAAGGCCCCACAACUCAAUUGCAACAACCUCCAGUAGUGACGAGUCAUACCCUCACAUCACGCUCUCCGUUUAAAUCAGUAUCAUCUCCAUUCAGCUCUCUGAAAAAGACCUCAAAAACCAAUGAAGCUAUGGAAAGUCCAAAAAUCCAAGCCUCUUUUACUCCAUCUCCUAGCAAUGAUCCAAAAAACAGGCGAAGCGGAGGAAGUAGAAUGAAAGGUGUAUUUUCGUCUUUUGUUCAGAAUAUCAAGAGGAACUCGCAAAGCGAAAAGCGUCGCUCCAGUGGCGGAUUGAAAAUUUCUACGCCAUACAACGCCAAGCACGUCCAUCAUGUAGGUGUGGACACGAAGACUGGUGAGUACACAGGCCUCCCUGAAGAAUGGGAAAAACUCUUAACAUCUAGCGGUAUUUCAAGAAGGGAACAGGAGCAGCAUCCGCAGGCAGUGAUGGACAUAGUGAAAUUCUAUCAAGAUGUGACGGAGGCUAACGGAGAGGAUAAGGUUUUCAAGACCUUCAAUGUUGGAAAUUCUGGUAAUAACAUUACCAGUACUGCUUCCUUUAGAACGCCCUCUUCUACUUCAGUGAAUAAAUUUGAUUCUUCGUUUCAGCCAAAUGAUAUAACAUAUCAGACUCCACGAGUUCAGACACAAGGUACGCCUAAUGGAGAAUUGCAUUCCCCAUUGGCGUAUAAAGAGCCAGUGAAAACCAACCCAUUGAACUCAAAUGAGAAAUUUAUGCCUAGCAGGCCUGCUCCAAAACCUCCUGGAUCUUCAUCUAGAAGUGAAAUGGCGUCACCACUAGCCACAUCUUCUUCUCCAGUUGUAAAUACAGGUAUCAAUCGUGCGCCUAGUUUUUCGUCUGGCAUUUUAUCCUUAUCAAGAAAGGGAACUGUGAAUAAGUCUGAUCAACCUCUUCCUGCCAUACCGAAGAAGCUCCAGGGCGGAAAUUCCACUCCUCCGGUUAAACUUGACAAACUGUCAUCCAGUAGGGUAGCCCCGCCUCCGCCGCUUCCGAAAGAUGUUCCUAAGAGGGAAGCUUCGCUAAAAGAUAUGCAGACUGCAGCAGAAAAAAAGAGAGAGGAACGGAGAAAGCGUAUACAAGAAUUGUAUGCAAGACUAGGAGAAAUUUGCUCUGAGGGUGACCCAAGUAAGUUGUAUCGUGGCUUGGUAAAAAUAGGACAGGGUGCGUCGGGUGGUGUUUACACGGCAUAUGAAGUCGAUACAAAUGCAUCCGUCGCAAUAAAGCAAAUGAAUCUGGAAAAACAGCCUAAGAAAGAGCUAAUCAUUAAUGAGAUAUUGGUAAUGAAGGCCAGUAAACAUAACAACAUUGUGAAUUUCAUUGAUUCGUAUUUAUUGAAGGGUGAUCUUUGGGUCAUUAUGGAGUAUAUGGAAGGAGGUUCUCUCACUGAUGUUGUAACACAUUGUAUACUCACAGAGGGCCAAAUCGGUGCUGUUAGUAGGGAGACUUUGAAGGGCCUGCAAUUCUUGCAUUCAAAGGGGGUUAUCCAUCGUGACAUUAAAUCGGAUAACAUUCUGUUAUCAAUGAACGGUGACAUCAAGUUGACAGAUUUUGGCUUCUGUGCACAAAUAAAUGAAGUUAAUUUGAAAAGAACAACGAUGGUUGGAACACCCUACUGGAUGGCUCCGGAGGUGGUUUCAAGGAAGGAAUAUGGCCCUAAAGUUGAUAUUUGGUCUUUGGGUAUCAUGAUAAUUGAGAUGAUUGAAGGAGAACCACCUUACCUUAAUGAGACACCCUUGAGAGCUUUAUAUCUCAUAGCGACUAAUGGGACUCCUGAACUGAAAGAUCCAGAAAGUCUAAGCGAAGGACUCAAAACGUUUCUAAAGUGGUGUCUUCAUGUGGAUCCAGAAGAAAGAGCUGCAGCUGCCGAUCUCUUACAGGACCCUUUUAUUUCGAUUUAUGCCGACAACAAUGAUUCGCUUGCACCAUUAGUUAAGCUGGCUAGAAUGAAAAAGUUGGCUGAGAAAAUAGAAAGUGAUGACGACGAAAGUGGUGACGAUACAGCUGAAAAUACUUAA